AUGAGCCCACCUCCCCUGAAAGAUUCCAGGCAGCUGCAGACCUUGCGCUUGUUGAUCGAGGCCCGUGCCGACACGGACUUGAGGGACAGACACGCUGGCAAAACAGCUUUAAUUGCGUCAGCUGCGCAGGGCCACGUUGAGGUCGUGCGCUUCCUUCUGGAGCGCAGGGCCAGUGUGAAUGCCUCCAUGUUUUCAGGCCGACGCAACACUGCCCUCGAAUGUGCAUUUGAACGGGGCCAUGCUGAUGUCGCCCGCUUGCUAUUGGAAGCUGACGCCCGGAGAGGGAAGGAGUUCGGCCUUGCAUGUGGCGAGGGCCAUGCUGAUCUGGUCAGGAUGUUGCUAGAGGCAGGCAGGAGUGUAAAUUCAGAUGGAGGGCUGAUUCGCGCAACGAAUUCCGACCGAGCCAGCGUCGUGAGUUUGCUGUUGGAGGCACGUGCUGAUGCGGACGUCACAGACGACCGUGGUAGGACACCACUUAUGCAUGGUGCUCACCGUGGUAAUGUUGCCAUGGUCCGUUUGCUGCUGGAAGCGAGUGCGGAUGCAUGCGUAGCUGACAACGGCGGGGAUACUGCUUUGAUUUCCGCGGCUAUGCAUGGACACGCGGACAUCGUUCGCUUGCUGCUUCAAGCAAGAUCUGAUAUCGAAACGCUUGGACCUUGCGUCGACAGCUGCACCGCCCUCAUGGGCGCAUGCGACAAUGGUCAUCUCGAAACUGCGAGUUUGCUGCUGGAAGCAGGAGCAGACAAAAACAAGCACGAUCGCUUAGGUGGUACAGCGCUCACCCGAGCAUCCGAGCGAGGCCAAGUUGACAUUGUGGAUCUGCUUCAGGACGCGUGA